AUGGGGGAGGAGCAGCGUGAUUGUGUAACCCUACUGGCUGACAGGCCCCUGCUAAUCAGUGGGCAAAAAUGGCUGACCGAGAGGGCCCAUGAAGCCUCCAACUGGAGAUCAAGACUCAGGACGACGGACGUGUGGGUCCGCCCCGACGGCCGACGGGAGCUCAAUACUCACGGCAUUGAACGGGUGAGCCUCGCCGACCGUAGGAUGGAAAAUGUAAAGUUGUCUGGCCAGGAGGCUCUCGCCAACAUCCGACGGGAGCUCAAUACUCACGGCAUCGAACGGAAAUGCCAGCCACUCUGGUUCUUCCUUGUAAAUGACUCUCCUGGCCACCAGGUGGUGCUAUCCUCUGCCUUUAUUAAUUGUUUCUUUUUCAAUGUGUUUUGCUUAGAAUCUGACUUCAGCUUGAAGGGAGAUUACUUAUUGGGUGGCCUUUUUGCUUUACACGAAGUUCAACAUGCAACUCCUUUGUCCUCCCCAGAAGCCAUUCAAUGUUUAAGAUACACUUUCUCAAAAUCUGGCUAUCAGAUGUUGCAAGUGAUGAGGUUUGCUAUUGAGGAGAUUAAUAACUCCACAACUCUUCUGCCCAACGUUUCUCUGGGAUAUGAGAUUUUUGACCACUGUACUGACUCCAAAAAUUUCCAUUCAGUCUUCAGUUUUAUCUCGAAUAAUGGCUUAAUAAAAUCUAAAGAAAAACUCAACAACUAUCAGCCUAAAGUGAUUGCCUUAACAGGGCCAUAUGGAAGCACAAGCACUAUUGCCAUUGCACCAUUAAUAACAAUGGAUGUUAUACCAUUGGUGAAUUAUGGAGCUUCUAGCUAUGCAUUAAGCAAUAAACGUAUGUAUCCUUCCUUUAUAAGAACAAUCAUUCACCUAACAUUGAUUAAUUGUAAUAGCACAUUUUCCCAUUCCAUUAAGGUUCCAUUCUCAAACUGCUCUGUGGAUAAAUUCACUAUCAACAACUCUCGCUUGCCAUGGCAUAACAAUGGUCCUGUUCCAUUCUCAAACUGUUCUGUGGAGUGCAAAGAGGGAUUUUCGAGGGAACCUAAUGGAUAUCAUAGUUGCUGUUUUCUGUGUAAAAAGUGUCCACAUAACAGCUAUGUGAAUUAUUCUUGGGACCCCUAUACCUGUUCUCCGUGUGCAGAGAGCGAAUGGUCUGAUGAGGGCAGUACGACAUGUAAGAACCGUUCUGUUGUCUAUCUUGAGGUCACAGAAAUCCUCUCCAUCAUUGUCAUGGCUUCUGCCACAUGCCUAAUAAUUCUCCUUAUUGCCAUAUUUUGCCUUUUUGCUCAUAAUUACAACACACCAGUGGUAAAGUCUGCUGGUGGCAGCAUGUGUUUCCUCAUGUUGGCGUGUUUGAUAAUGUCUACAAUAAGUGUGUUCUUUUUCUUUGGAAAACCCUCAUCUGUAUUCUGCAUCCUGAGAAAUGUUGCAUUUGCAUUUUUCUUCACUAUUUUUCUCUCCUGUAUGGCUGUCCGUUCCUUUCAAAUUGUUUGUGUCUUCAAAAUAGCUGCCAAGUUCCCUAACAUUCACAGCAUUUGGGUAAAGCACAACGGACAGUGGCUCUUUGUUGGAUUUUUUUCUGUCAUUCAUUUAAUUUCUUGUAUACUAUGGAUGACUGUCUCAACUCCCAAACCCUCCAGGGACUCAUCAACUUUUAAAGACCUGACUAUACUCAGCUGUGAAAUGGGGAACACUGCAACUGUUAGCGUAGUUGUGUUUAUAGUUUGGUUUCUUGGAUUCCUGUGUCUCUUAUUUUCUUACAUGGGAAGAGAUCUGCCAAAAAAUUACAAUGAGGCCAAAUCAAUAACUUUCAGUCUCAUUUUGUACAAUAUGAGCUGGAUUGUUUAUUUCACAACAUUCCUCAUUCUCAAAUCCAAAUACAUCCAGCUUGUUAAUGCGAUGACACAGCUUUCUAGUAUAUAUGGAAUUCUCUUCAGUUACUUCAUACCGAAAUCUUACAUUAUAAUAUUCCAGCCGCAAAAGAACACUGCUGCAUAUUUUCAAACAUCUAUUCAGAAUUACACCCAAACUAUUAGUAGGACUUAG